UGUUGUCCCCACAGAACCCGCUAAAUAUUUACAUACUGUGAAAUUGUGCCAAAUUUUGUGAAUCUAUAAGCCGGCAAAAAUUAAUUAAGAUAAUGUCAUCAGAACAAGCUGCAACGGAAGGAGGCUCAUCAGAUACGCCUUCUUAUGAGUUGAAAAAGUUUCAGUUGAAACGCAUUCUAAAUAAUAAUACAGUGCGUAAGAGCAUUGCUUUACUGGGCACAUUCCCAGAUUUAUCGUCCGAUAACCCCGCAAUUGUAGUGUUUGAGAAAAACGCAUACCGAGAGAGUGAUGUUGCCACAGAUGAAUCUGAAACACUGGACAAAGAGGCGCCAAGCUACUUCAGUAAGGACUUGAACGUGGCUACUCAAUUCAUCAAUAACAUAUAUGGCAGUUAUCAGGUUGUUCCCCGUCAGGAACUUUGUGCUGUAAAGAGCACCGUGAUUUAUCCUGCCACAGAGAAGCAUAUUCAAAAGUAUUCCAUUUGCCAGAAGUACCUCAUCAAUGAAACUCCCGAUCUCUAUGAGAAGUUAACUCUUCCCUAUCUUCUAUCAAAAGCCGAUCAGUUUUCUCUUGAAUGGGUUUACAAUAUACUCGAGCAUAAGCAAGAAACUGAACGCAUUGUCUUCGAGGAUAAGGAUCCUGAAACGGGCUUUGUCCUUUUGCCAGAUUUAAAAUGGGAUGGAGUCAAUGUGGAAAACCUCUAUCUGCUUGGCAUAGUGCAUCAGCAUAAUCUUAAGUCACUGAGGGAUCUCAGGGGCAGUCAUCUGCCAUUGCUACGCAAUCUUCGACAGUCGUCCAAGGAUGCAAUUCAAAAGCGCUAUGGUCUAAAUCCUAGCCAAUUGCGCAUGUACUUUCACUAUCAGCCUUCAUUCUAUCAUCUGCAUGUCCAUAUCAAUCCCAUAAGAAAUGAUGCACCUGGAAUUUGGUGCGAGAAAUCCCAUAUGCUGGACACUGUAAUUAAUAAUCUUGAACUGAUGCAUGAUUACUAUCAACGAGCCACUCUUCCAUUCGUCUUGUAUGAAGGCAAUAAACUAUUGGAUCUCUACGAAGAGCAAUCACCAAUUAGAUCAACUAUUGUGUUGUCCCAGGACAAAAAGGAUGACACUACACCAUCGCAACAAUUAAAUGACGAAGAUUCUGAAGAAGAUCAACAUCAAUGUAAACGCGCUAAACUUGACAAAACGGAGCCAAACGAGAGUGAAAUUGUUGCACCGGCAUGUGCUUAAGGUUAUUAAGUCUUGCAAUUGUGAAAGCUUGAAAUUAAAAUAUAAAUAAUAUGCAUUAAAUUGA